AUGCAACACGUAAAAAUUCCAAAAGUUAUUAUUAUAGGUACAGGUCCAGGAGGACUUGCUCUUUAUCAUGCAUUGAUAAAGAACAAAGAUAAAAAAGAAUUCGAUGUAAAAAUCUUCGAACGGGAUUCCAGUCCAAGAGGAUAUCAUAUAGCGUUGAACUGUGCCGGAACUCGAUCGCUUUUGAAUUGUGUACCAUUUUCGAUCAAUUCAAACCUUCAUAAAGCGAUGCCAAACCCACUUCCUGACGUAGAAUUCCAUGGUGUCUCGCUUUUCGAUAAUAAAGGAAGUCUUUUAUUAAAUCCACCAUCUAAACAAUAUAAAGACUUUAACGAACUUGUAAAAUUUCCUAAUGAGUAUUCACUGAUUGUUACUUAUCGUGAUAGACUUAGAGAUGUAUUAUUAGAAAGUGUACCGGUACACUGGGGCAAAAAAUGCAUUAGAUACGAAGAAACCAAAGAUGUUGUUUGGGUAAUGUUUGAUGAUGGUUCGCAAAAAUUUUGUGAUAUCUUAGUUGGCGCAGAUGGAAUUAAUUCUCCAGUUCGAAAACAGAGACUACCCGAAUUACAAAUUUUCGAUUUUGGAAUAACAAAUGUCGUAGCAAAUGUUGCUGUACCUAAACAUCUUAUGGACAGAUUCAUAAAAUUACAAGGAAAUAGUUUAUUACAAAGUUCACUCGGAUUACAUGGUGAUUCGUCAACGCUUAUUUUUCGUCUAAUUCCAAUCGAGCAAGAGCCAGGUUACGAGAAUAAAAGCAAUUCUAAUGAGCUUCAUUACAGAGUAACCUUGAAUUAUUCGUAUCCCACAAAAUUAGACGACGUUGAAUCCGAUAAAAUCAAAGUUGAUGAUAAUGAUUCUGCAUCAGUCAUUGAACAUGUCAAGCAGAUGAUUCGAAACUUUGGAUCCGGAUGCGAAUUUGAUGAUAUUAUAUUAGAAUUAUGGGACUUGGUUCCUAAAUCAGCUCCAAAUUAUCUAGAAAAAUUUCAAUUUAAAACUUAUAAUCCGACUCUACGAAGACCUUAUCAAGAUAUUAAUCAUCUAUUCAACCUUGGACAAGUAGUUGAGUAA